AUGCAUGAGUUGCUCAAGAAUGGAGUCCGCAAAUGCGAGAACGCGAGGCACGUUUUCGACCAGUCCGACGCCUUCGGGCAUAAAAGGGAAACGGAUGUGCUAGAUGACGCGCCAGAGCCGUUUUGCGAUGAAGCGAAACCGACAUGUACUGCUUGCCUGACCAGAGGCGAGACCUGCCAUUACGCAGAUGUUCCGCAUUGGUACGUGCGAUGGUGGUCGCCCGAAUCACGAUCCACUUAUCCAGAGAAGCGUCGAUACACUUACGACACGCUCAUUGAGGAGCCGAUCAACGAAAAAGUUAGACCUUUGCUUGCACCUCCGGCAUCACUGACUCACCCCUUCAUCCUGGAAUUGCAUCUGGCAUUGGCAGCUUCACAUCUGGCGUGUUUAAACCCAUCAAAAGCCCCAGUCUAUGUGGGACAUGCCAUUCGAUACCAGAAUCGAGCAUUGGAAAAGUUCAAGCUUCAAGGUUUACCGAAGCCUGAAGAUUGUCUGCCGAUGUUUUCCUUCUCGGCGACGCUUGGCCUCUUGCAUCUGGCGCACUCAAGAGUACCUGGACCGCAUGGAUACCCUGUCGACUGCUUGCUGACCUUCAUCGAGCUUGGCCAACUGUGGCGAGGCUGUCGCUCAAUCCUAGCCGUGGCGAGAGAAGUGCUCCCCAUGGAGGCGUACAUUCAGACGUUCGAGGAGCCGCAUGCUGUGAGAGAUUUUCUGCAUGGCCCACCUGAGCAUAUUUGUGAUGCACGAUGCCAAGUGCCAAUUAAUGAGGCCAUCGUGUAUGAGCUCGAGUAUGCGGAGGCUAUGAUGAAGGAGAAGUGUCAGCCGGGCAGGCUGACGAUAUUCCAGCGAACACUCAAGAUUUUGAGACAUGUUGCGAGAUUCCAUGAUACCGAUCCCGCAUGUCCCGAUGAGCAUCUCGAGAUGCUGCGCAGUGGAGACUCUCAGGCUAGAGUGAUUCUUGGACUUUACGCGGCUCUUCUCGACUGUCUCGAUGUGCGGUGGUCGAAAGGAUAUGCACAAGAUCUCAUGAUCGAAAUGGCUGCCAAUCCGGCGACAUCCCGGCAUGCCGCGAUGCACCAGAGAUGGCGAGAUCUGAUGAUAAGGCUGAGGGAGAGAAAGAGAGGGUAUGAGCCAACAGAAGGCGCUCAAUCGCCUCACGCCUUGAAUGCGGCCGCGACCUGA